AUGGCGGAACGCGGGGCCGUGGAGGAUCUGCGAGAAGAUGCUCUCAUCGAUUUCUUGGCGAAGAAAGGCGGCCGAGUGAAAAACAAGGAGCUGGUGGAAAAGUUUAAAAAAUUCAUCAACGCGCCGGAGCCGCAGCUGAAAGCUAAAUAUCGUGAUAUCUUCAAAGAUAUCAUCAACAAAAUUGCACUGGUCAAACAGGAAGAUGGUGAAAAAUAUAUUGUUCUUAAAAAGAAAUAUCAACAUCUUGUGAAGGAAAGAGAUGGAUGCCACAAAGAAGAAAACGUUACAGUGAGUACUGUUGUGGGAGAGUUGGUUGAACAGUUCCCGAAAGAAGAAAGAUCCCCACAUUCUGAAGACAAACAGCAGCGCUCCAACUCUGAUGACCCAAAGAACAAGAAAACUUCUCCAAUGGAAACCCUACUGAAAAUACAUACUAGUGAACUUUUAAACAGCAAGAUUUCUGCAGGAAGCUCGACAGAUGAAAAAGUGAACAUGUGUGAGUGGAUUAUACAAGAAUUACCUAUACCAACAGCUGACACUAAGUCCAAGGUGCCUUCAGAACUAACCAAGGAGACCCAGUUGCAGGAUAAACCCAGUAUUUGCUUCAUUGAAGCAUUUGAAGAAAAACAAGGCAAAAAGCUUGAUGUUGCAUCUGAAAGUGUCACAGAAUGUCCAGUGCAGAUUGAAGUAAAAGUGGAAGAAUCCCAAAUGGAUGAAUUUGAUUCUGUGUUCAAGAAUGACUCUGAGCAAAAUGGAUUUGAAGAUGGCACUGGAAGUGUGGGGUCACCAUCAGUUGCUAACUAAGAAGGUGCAGAUGAACUGGAGUCAGUUACGUGCAAAUGAAGGUUCAACAGGCAACAAUUAGCUGAUUUGGUGUGCAAUCUAGUGACAAGCUAUCAAUAACAAAAAAGCUUCUGACGAACAACAGAUUGGUUCCCAGUUAACUGAACAGCUUGAGGCUGUGAACAAGAUGGUGAGAAGGCAUCAUUUCUCCACCAGCUCAAGAGCUUUGUAUUCUGCGGCAAAACCUACUUUAAACCUGAAGAAAACGUUUAUUUUGUCUUCAGUUACUAUAAGUGUGUCUUUUAAUUGAUAAGUCAGGGACAUUUUUAUAAGUAUGAGCCAGUCAUCCUGUGGCUCCUGCAAAUUAGUGAAAUCAUCCAGAGAAGCAGCGUUCUGAUCAGUAAAAACAUCAUCUCAGCAGAUUCUGUGAAGAGGAACCACUAAUUUGUUUUCCUAAUCUUUCCCUCUGCCCAUAAAACCCAUGGUAUGUAAGGAGUUUAUAGAUUAGAGUUUUAGCUGUACAUCUCUGACUGUAUAAACAGCAGAGCUGUAUGCUGCCAGUUCAUAAUUGUUUGCCCAAAGCUAAUCUUUUUACUUGUAAUAAAUAGUCAUUCUUGUUAAGUACAGAAACAUAGUUUUGUCAACCUGCGUUUGAAAUCCAGAUAAGUUGGGAAAUUCUGCAUGCUUUUAAAAUCUUUAAAUUUUGUGUCAAUUUCUGGGAAUAACAGGGCUCAAUUUCUAGCACCCUACCCCAGUGAGGCAGAACAAUCAGCUGUUUUGUUAUGGAUAAAGUAAUAACUUCACAGUGGAUAGUCUGAGCAGAUAAGUUCGUUGAUCGAUUGAACUGUAAAGGCAGAUUGAAGUUUUAUUUGUAAAUCUAUCAUAGUUCAGUUUUUCAAAUCACAAUAAAUUUAUACUUUACACCCUACCACACAAUUCUCAGUAAAAGAUUCUCGCCUUCAACUGUUUACUGCUUUUUUUUUCUCCGCAGAAAAAUGAGUCACCUCAGUUGCCCAAAUCAUCUCUGGUACAAUUCUCAAGCAACCUGUAAAUGAGUGAUCAACAUUCCUGCCCAUUUCCAUGUUAGACUGUUUAAGUAUGUAAAUCGGAUUCUGAUGCCAGUUGUAGGAUCCUGUUAGCAAUUUUGAGUUAUGAAUGUGUUUGCUCAAUUACAACAGUUGAGCAACUUAACCAGCUGGCCCUAAGGGAAUUGUUAGCGACCACUCAAAAUCCAAAAAUUAAUCCCUUUUCGUUUGAUGUUAUGAAGAGCAGGAAUACUGCUCUUGUUGACAGCAACUCAGCCCUUUUUAGGAUCAUUUACCCACAAUCCUAUUUAUUCAGAUGUUCUGUAGCAGGGGACCUGUUUGUUCCCUGCAGCGUGCUAGCAGCAUUUAAGCAAACUUGAAAAUUGGACCAAACUCUCGCUGUCUGCUGCACAGUCAAGAAUUACUCCCAAGGUAUUUGUUACUUGCCGUAGAAUGUACCUUGAAGUUGCUAUCUCUAAGCUCAAAUGUAAAAUG